GUUUUUAAUUUAUUGAUCCCAUAAUAAUUAUUACAGUCGAGAAAAUCACGUUUCAAAAUAAAAAAUCAUGUGCGGCAAACAGCAACGUGUUACAGGUAAAUUUGUAUUGUUGUUUUUCUUCAAUUCCUUCAUUCACAUUGUGUUUAUUGCCUCUACACUUGUUCCAUAGUGUUGGUUAACUUCUCUUGCUCAAAAAAAAAAGUAAAAUUUAUUUCUACCUCUCAGUUGAGCGUUGGACAUUAAAGCGAUCAGAACGUAAAUGUAGACGAGCUUAAGUUUUAAAAAAAUAAUUAAAAUAUUAAUUUUUCUCAGUUUUUAAGUUCUUUAAAUCAAUUAUCUUGAAUAUUUCAAUGAUUAUCGUGCGGCUUUAGUGAUAAAAAACAUGAAAUUUGAUAUUAAAACAAGUUUAGUGUGUGCAUUCAAUGUCUUUGUGAUAUUAUUGCAAAUAUGUGAAAAAUCAUCAUUAUCAUAUGCGCUGAGUGUUGAGCCACGAGAAGCAUACUUUAAUGGAUCUGCAUACCUACGACUUAAAAAUCCCAUGCUUUUAUGGGGUCAUUCAGCACUAAGCUUCAGAACUUGUCGAGGCGGUGAACUACUGUCACAAACUUAUAUGCGACAUGAGCUGACUGUUACAGUGUCGAAAGAAGGCAUUACAAUUGCUCUUAAUCUUCCACAACAAAAUACACGUGUAGAGGCUUUAAUACCAGCACGGCUCGUAGACAAUCAAUGGCAUACAAUUCAAUUUAUUUAUCGAUUAGGCAUAUUGAAUCUUAUUAUAGAUCGAAAUACUUUUGUAAUUGCUAACUCAACGUACAAUCGGGAGUUCUUGAUAGAUCAAGAAAUUAAAAAUGAGGCAGCUGUGUUAAUAUUGGGACGUCAAUAUUCUGGAUGUCUUUUACAUGGGCCAGGAUUGAUGUUUAAUAACAGUGAAAUUACCGUCGAAGGUGUUUUGUUUGGCUCAUGUCCAUUAGCACCAGGCUCAUGCAAUUCAGAUCAUGAUAUUUUAAUAAGAGAACCAGUCGAUCAUUGUUUAAAUUAUCCAUGUAUGCACGGACAAUGUAUAUCGAGAACUGACUCAUACGAAUGUCACUGUCCAAUUCGGUAUGGUGGACGGAAUUGUGAUAAAGAUCUUGGCUCACCAUGUGAUAAAAAUACAUGUAAAAAUUCAGGAACGUGUGAAGAAGAUCGGAUCGGUAACUUCAAGUGCUAUUGUCCCAAUGACUUUACUGGAAAGUUUUGCGAGACGCAUAUUGAAUCACAUCCAUUAUGCGAUAAAAAUCCAUGCUACAAUAAUGGAACAUGUAGAGUACAACCUAAUAGCUCAAAAUUUGAAUGUCUGUGUCAAGAAGGCUUUGUCGGCUAUCGGUGUGAGACGAAUUUUAAUGAUUGUGAAUCUCAGCCAUGCCAAAAUGGUGGUCGAUGUAUAGAUGAAAUUGGAGGAUUUGAAUGUGACUGCAAAACUACUGGAUAUACUGGAAAAUUAUGUCAAAAAAAUAUCGAUGAAUGCACUCGUAAUCCAUGCCAAAAUAAUGGAGUUUGCUUUGAUAACUAUGGAUCAUAUACAUGUGACUGUCCACAUGGUUUCACGGGAGAUAACUGCGAACAAAUUCUUAAUGACUGUACAGAUCAAGACAAAGGUGUAGUUGGACAAUGUGUUUCGACCUCAUUGCCUAGCAGUACCAAAAAAUCUGCUCGAACCAAUGCAUGCUCAAGUUAUUGUUUAAACGGUGCUACUUGUUUAGGCAAAGACUCAAAUGUAACAUGUUUAUGCUCCUCGGGUUUUGGAGGUACUAGAUGUGAAACACCAAUAGCAUUGCCUUAUCAAGAUAAAGAUUGUGACUGUUAUAAUGGAGGAUCCUGUGCACUCGACAAUAAUGAAUGCGUCUGCUUAGAUGGAUAUUCAGGAAAGAAGUGUGAAAUCACCGAACAAACAGAUUGUACAGAUGGAAACUGUGCAUGCUCAUCCAAUCCUUGUUCUGGAAAUGCUACAUGCUAUCCAAAACCAGGAACUACUAUGGAAUAUACUUGCUCAUGCACGUCAGGCUAUCAUGGAGAGAACUGCGAAGAUAUUGAUGAAUGCAAAUUAAAACCAGACAUUUGUAAUAAUGGCAUCUGCAUAAAUACACCUGGAUCUUAUGAAUGCUUCUGUCGUCCAGGAUAUACGGAAAAAAAUUGUGAGAAAGAUGUUGACGAAUGCCUUUCCAUCCCAUGUAAGAACGGUGCAACUUGUAGAGACAAAAUUAAUGACUUUGAAUGCAUCUGUGCUCCUGGCUAUGAAGGCAAGCAGUGUGAUAUCGAUAUUGAUGAAUGUAAAUCAAAUCCUUGUAGCAAAGGAUCAACAUGUAUGGACUUGGUUGCCAACUAUAGCUGCUCAUGCAUUCCCGGAAUGACUGGAAGAAAUUGUGAAAUUGAUAUUGAUGAUUGUGCACCGCAACCAUGUCAUAAUGGUGGAGCAUGUAUAGAUCAACUUGGAGGGUAUAAAUGCGAUUGUACAAACACUGGAUUUACAGGAGCUGUUUGUCAGCUUAACAUCAAUGAGUGUGAAUCAAAUCCAUGUAUAAAUGGCGCAACAUGUCAAGAUAAAGUAAAUGAUUAUGAUUGCCAUUGCUUUCCGGGCUAUGAAGGAAAGAAUUGUGAAAAAGAUACAAAUGAGUGUGAACCGAAUCCAUGUCAGUACCAAAGUAUGUGCUUAGAAAAAUCCAAUCAAACGCUGUAUAGUUUAUCGCCACAAGAAAAAACUCAAUUACCAGCUGUAUUCAAUCGUAAAUUUACUUAUGAAAAUGCAAGUGGAUAUGAAUGCAUCUGUGUACUGGGAACGAAAGGUCGCAAUUGUGAAAUCAAUAUUAAUGAAUGUGAAAGCAAUCCAUGUAGUAAAUAUGGAACAUGUGUUGAUGGAAUUGGAACUUAUACAUGCGAAUGUGAGCCAGGCUUUCAAGGCAUCAAUUGUGAGGAUGACAUUGAUGAGUGCAUGAUGAAGCCGUGCAUGCAUGGAACUUGCAUAGAUGGAAGAAACAAUUAUGAUUGCGACUGUGAUGCAAAUUAUGGCGGAAAAAAUUGUUCUGUCGAAUUAACUGGAUGCGUUUCAUCGCCAUGCAAGAAUGAUGGUUCAUGCAUUCCAUAUUUGGAUCUUCAAGAUGAAACUGAGCAUUUAUUUAAUUGCACGUGCAAGAACGGCUUUUAUGGAAGAACUUGUGAAAUUGUAAGCACUAUGUCGCUCGUCAAUAAAAGUGAGAUUAUUGUACAAACGAGUCGUGAAGAAGGAUAUGAUAUUCAAUUAAGAUUCCGUACGACACUGCCGAAUGGAGUUGUAGCUUUUGGAUCAUCUAUUGACAAUGCAGUCAGCUAUAUUCUGGAACUAGUAAAUGGUCGACUUAACUUGCAUUCAUCACUGCUUAAUAAAUGGGAGGGCGUUUUCAUUGGAUCGCAAUUGAAUGAUAGUAAAUGGCACAAAGUAUUUGUAGCUAUAAAUUCAUCGCAUCUGGUUUUGUCAGCAAAUGAUGAACAAACAAUUUAUCCUAUCAAUUUCAACUCAUAUGAGAAUAUAAAUGCAAGCCAUGUUAGCUUUCCGAUGACGUAUUUAGGUGGAUAUACUGAUACUUUAUCUUAUUUGAAACAUAUUGCAAACCACGUCAAGCCUACGGCCUUCAUUGGAUGUAUGGAAGAUGUCGUCAUUAAUAAUGUCUGGGUCUUGCCUGAUAAAGUAAAUGAUGACUUUGUGAAUUUGACAAAUGUUGAGAUUGGAUGUAAACGUGAUGAACAGUGCAAUCCUAAUCCAUGUCACUCAAAUGGUUUAUGUACUGAUUUGUGGUAUAAAUUCUCUUGCGAGUGUCAACGUCCUCAUUUGGGACCAACAUGCAAAUAUAGUAUUGUUGCUGCAACAUUCGGACAUGAAAACACGACAAAAACUUCAGUUUUUGUAAAUGUCAGUGACUCAGCAAGACGUGCAAUUAGAAAUGUUUUGGAUAUAUCAAUGUUUAUUAGGACAAGGCAGUCAACUGGUCAAAUCUUUUAUUUAGGAUCAGAUCCACUUCAAAUUUACGGACCAAAUGGAGAAUUGCGUGAACAAACAUCAAUCUCUGCUACUCUGUCAAAAGGAGAGUUGUUGGUAAAUAUGCGAUUUAAUGGCACUCCAGAGAGCUAUGCAGUAGGUGGAAAACAACUAGAUGAUGGAUAUAAUCACUUAAUUGAGGUCAUCAGAAACUCUACUUUAGUGCAAGUCAAACUUAAUGGAACAGAAUAUUUUAGAAAAACUUUAUCAACUUCUGGUCAAUUGAAUGCUCAAGUAUUAUUUUUGGGAUCUCCAGCUCCGUCUAAUAAUCCAGAUGAUAAUAUUGACAGUAAGAAUGUCAAAGAGAUUGAUUACUUUAAAGGAAUAAUUCAAGAUGUCCAAGUUUCAAAUGGAUCUCAUGCGAUGAGUGUUGAGUUAUAUCCACUGGAUACAGAGAAUGAAGAGGAACUGAAUUUGCCACCACCAUUUGGCAUUGUUACUAUAGAUCGAGAUUCUGUCUUGAAAGGAGAAGUGUCUGAUGAUUUGUGCCGUAAUAUGCCAUGCAUGCAUGGUGCUACAUGCCACAACACUUGGAAUGACUUCUUCUGUGAAUGCACAAAAGGAUAUAAAGGAAAACUCUGUCAAGACAUUCAAUUUUGUGAGCUUCAUAAAUGUCCAGGAAAUGCUACAUGUCAAAAUCUCGAUAAUGGAUAUGAUUGUAUUACUAAUGUUACAUUCCGUGGAAAUGAAGAUAGUCCAUUAGUUUAUUAUUACGUUCCUGAAAGUGUUGAUGACAUAGAAAAAUCAAAGCCUUAUUCUAAGACUGUAGAAAUUGCAUAUCGAACUAAAAUUGGAGGAACUUUACUGUAUGUAGAGGAUGAACAAGACAUGUAUUUUGGAAUUGCAUCCUAUAAAGAUCAAUUAACAAUUCAAUGGAGAUUAUCAACAGAACUGCCAGAUGUCCAUCGUUUUAAUUCAGCAGACAAUUCUGCAAAAUACGAUUGGAGUCAUCUUUAUUUGAGAGUAUCAGACAAUAAAAUUGAGGCUGGAUGGAAAGGCUGGGAAAACAACAAUGAUCUUCAACCUCCUUUAUCAACAAAUAUUGACAUGAAAGCAUUUGAAUACUUGUUCUCAAGAAGUUAUCCAAUCUCUUUGGGAGGUGUUAAUCCAACAAAUACAAACACAAUCAAAGGACUAAACUCAAAGGGAUCAACGUUUAAAGGAUGUAUAGGGGAAGUAAGGAUAGGAGGAUUGUUAUUGCCAUUCUUCUCACAAGAAGAAAUUUAUUCUGAAAGCUUAUCACCAAGAUCACAUUAUAAACUAAAUUCCACAUAUGUCGAUGAAGGUUGUACUUUGUGCUUCGAGCAAGACUGUCAAAAUGGAGGCGAAUGUAGAGAUCCUAAAGCAAACUACUCAUGCACGUGCCCAAUUGGAUACGAAAAAGAUGAUUGUUCACAGAAUAUUGACGAAUGCCUUCAAUCGAAAUGUGUAAACAAUUCAACAUGUGUAGAUGGUAUUGGAAAUUAUACAUGCACGUGCUUAAAUGGAUAUACAGGAUGGUUUUGCGAAGAAGAAAUUGAUGAGUGUGCAUCUCAGCCUUGCCAUAAUGGAGGAAAUUGCACAGAUUUAUUGGCUGAUUUUAGAUGUGAUUGUGACGAAAGUUAUGCUGGAAAGCAGUGCGAUGUUUUACGUUUAGUGACCUGUGAGAACUCACCAUGCCGUUUAGGAUCUACAUGCCAAGAUGGACAUAAUAUAACAACAGGAAAUAACUUUACAUGCAUAUGUAGAGAUGGAUUUGAAGGAGCUCUUUGUGAUCAUGCAUACUGCUUAGUUGAACCUUGCAGGAAUGAUGGAAUUUGUCUCACAUCUGAGACACCAGAAUGUAAAUGCUCGCCUGGAUAUACUGGAAAAUAUUGUGAAAUAGAUAUCGACGAAUGUGCAUCAACGCCAUGCCAAAAUAAUGCAACAUGCAUUGACUUGGUAGCAGAUUACAAAUGCGACUGCACCCGAACUGGUUUCGUUGGAAAUAACUGUGAAAUCGAUAUUGAUGAGUGCCUUGAAGAAAACAUAUCAUGUGGUGGACAAGGAACUUGCGUUAAUACACGAGGAUCCUAUAGAUGUCAAUGUAAUGAAGGCAUGUGUGGAGCAGAUUGUAAUCACAUUGAUCCAUGCCAGGAGAAUGAGUCACCGUGUAUGAAUGGUGGAUUGUGCUUAGAAGCUUGUGUAGAAUUCGCAGACUAUAGAUGCCAAUGUAUGGAAGGAUUCACUGGAAAGAAUUGUUCUGAGGAAGUACUGCUCGUGUCAGGAACAACAAUCGGAGACAUCGCAAUCAUAGUGGUUCCAAUAAUAAUUGGACUAUUAGCAAUAUGUGGCAUAGUUCUUGCAACAUUCCUAGUAAUGGCUAGAAAUAAGCGAGCAACAAGAGGAACAUACAGUCCCUCCGCUCAAGAAUACUGUAAUCCACGACUAGAAAUGGACAAUGUGCUGAAACCUCCACCAGAAGAACGAUUGAUUUAAGUAUUUAAAUUAAUUUAUAUUAAAUUAAAUUUUAUGACUGAUUGAUGUGCCUGAAUGUGUUUGGUAUUAGUUGUUGCAUUUAUGGAUCGAGUGAAUGGAUAAAUAGUUCUUAUGUGAUACAAAAAAGAAAGACACUAAAAUAGGAAAUUUCACAAAAUUGAUGAAAUUGAGGAGGAAUUGAAAUUAAAAUUCAAAAAAAAAAAUAAUUUUGUACUUUGUAAAUUACAAUUUAGCUAUUAAGAGAUAAGACUUGUUAAGACAAAGCAAAAAAUACAUCAUGUGGCCUUUAAAACUAUUACUGUAUUCUUAGGAUAAAAGAGAGAAUAUUUUAAAAAGAAAAUAGAAUCAAAACAAUCAUCAAAGAGAUUUAAAUCUAUCGAAAGCAAUUACCGUCCGCAAUGAUAAUUAUAAGGAAUGAACUUAUGAACAAUUAUUAAUUAAAUAUUCAAUGAUUUCGAUACAUGUUUAGGAAGAUUAUUGAGAGAAAUUUAAGGAAAUCCAAUGUGGCAUUUUUCAAAUAGACAAAACAAAAAAAAAAGACAAAUCUGAAAGAUCAGAAAAUAAAAUCGACACG